AUGAUAAAAAGAAAGGAUUUGUACUUACUUCUGGAGGUUGAACCUGAAGCUGACGAGAAGACGAUUAAGAAAGCGUACAGGAAGAAAGCUCUCACUUGCCAUCCGGACAAAAACCCUGAUAACAAGGACGCUGUUGCCCUCUUCCACGAGCUGUCCGAUGCUCUAGAGGUGUUGACGGAUCCUAGUUCUAGGAAAGCAUAUGAUACUGUUCUUAAAGCUAGGAAGGCUAAUGAGCUGAGAAUCAGAGCUCUGGAUGGAAAGAGAAGGAAGUUAAAGGAUCAAUUGGAGCAGAGAGAACACGAGGCAAAGUUUGAGGAACAGUUUACAAGGAAAUCUGAUGAAGAAAAGCUAGCCAUGGAAAUAGAAAGAUUAAGAAGAGAAGGCUCAAAACAACUGGAGGAGGAACAGCUUUACAUGAGAGAGCAGCUGGCCAAGGAAGCAGCUGCGGCAGCAUCUGGAGGUGAGCAGCAUCGUGGCAGAGAGCAGCCUGCUAGGGUCAAGGUCAAGUGGAGUAAGUCCGAUGAUUCUCCAUACACAAGUGAAUCCCUGGAGAGAAUAUUCAGCAAGUAUGGAACUGUAUCAGCUGUAGUUAUAAAUAAGAAGAAAGGUGGCAGCGCCCUUGUUGAGUUCAACGAUCUGAGCAGCGCCAAAAUGGCCUCUACUAUAGAAACCGGUUUUGUCGAGAGUCCGCUCAAAGUAAAAGCUCUGUUUUCCGAGGAAGCAAGUAUCCCAGUACUAGCUACACACACAGAUUCUAGAACGAUACCUCAGGAUAAUGAUUUUGAGAGUUUAGUCUUACGGAAACUAAGACAAGAAGAGGAGAGAAAGAGAUUGAUAGCACAGAUGAUCGCUGAAGACGAAAACUCAUAG